GUCGUAAAAAGUUGAAGCAUGAACUCAGUGCAUGAACACUGAACUUACUGUUUUGCAAUCUAAGUAAUGAUGCAGAAUCAAUCGACAACAUCAAGUCGAUGGCUAAACAAAGCAGAAGAUAUUGCUGAUAACGUUUUGAGAAAGAGUAAGGUGAUUCUUCCGCAUCUCGCUCGCCUAUGUCUGAUCAGUACAUUCUUGGAGGACGGUUUUCGCAUGUGGUUCCAGUGGCGUCUACAAGCCGACUACAUGAGCGCCACCUGGGGGUGUGGCGCUUUCGUCGCAAAUGCCUUUGUGAUUGUCAACCUGGUUGGCCAAUUGUCAGGAUGUGUGAUGAUUCUGUGUAGGGUGAAAGUAGCGUGGGGCUGUGGCAUUCUAGGAGCUUUAAUUCUACUUCAGACGAUAGCAUACAGAAUACUGUGGGAAGGCACCUUCCUCUGUCGGAACCUGGCGCUGGCGGGCGGGCUCAUCCUUGUGCUAGCGGAGAGCAAGGACGAGACGAAGCGGAGCAUGUUCGCCGGCGUUCCCACGCUCGCCACGAACCGUCCGAAGACCUACCUGCAGCUAGCCGGACGCGUGCUUCUCGUCCUGAUGUUUCUCUCCCUCGUGCGGCUUGAAGCGACGGCGCCGCAGAUCGCUCAGAACGUUCUCGGAACCGCGCUGAUCCUCCUCGUCGCCGUCGGGUUCAAGACGAAGCUGACUGCUCUUGUGUUGGUCGCGUGGCUGGCGGCGUUCAACGUGUACGCGCACCCGUGGUGGCGCAUCUCCGCCUCGCAUGCUGUGCGUGACUUCCUCAAGUACGACUUCUUCCAGACGCUGUCAGUCAUCGGCGGCUUGCUGCUUGUAGUCUCGCUCGGUCCCGGUGGCGUCAGCUUUGACGAGAGGAAGAAGGAGUGGUAACAAUGGCCGACGUCGUUGCCGCCGGCGACGUUUUUUAUCGGCGUCGUUGCCGUCGGCGACGUCGUUGCCAUCGGCGACGUCUCUCACCGGCGUCGUUGCCGUUGGUGUAGUCGGUGAUCGACUGUGGCGUUGCUAUCACGAUAAUGUUACCGGUACCAUAACGAGCCGUUGUCGUAGCGGUUGUGGUAGCGGUAGUAUAAUUGUCUGGUGGUGGUGUCGUGUCGUUGCUGUACUGUGGUGGCUACACUGGCUGUGGCGUUGCUAUGACGAUAAUGUUACCGGUAUCGUAAUCGCAGUGGCGUCAUUGUCGUGGUUGUUUUGGUAGCGGUGGUGUAAUUGUCUGUUGGCGGUGCCUUCGCAUGUACGGUAACGAGUCGGUGAUCGCCCGUUAGCUGUGGGGUUGCCAAGACGAUGAUGUUACCGAUACGAUAUUGAGCCAUUGGUGGCGGCAUUGUCGUGGUCGUUAUGGUAGUGGUAGUGUACCGUAUAUACUCGCGUAAUAACCGCAAAUUUGGCCUCAGAUUUCAACCCUGUAUUUGC